AUGCUGUGUGAAGCCAAAUCCAAGCAAAAUUUGGAGACAGAGAGAGACAGAGGCAGACGGUGGGAGACAGAGGGAGCCGGUGGGAGACGGUGGGAGACAGAGGGAGACGGUGGGAGACAGAGGGAGACGGUGGGAGACAGAGGGAGACGGUGGGAGACAGAGGGAGCCGGUGGGAGACAGAGGGAGCCGGUGGGAGACGGUGGGAGCCGGUGGGAGACAGAGGGAGACGGUGGGAGACGGAGGGAGCCGGUGGGAGCCGGUGGGAGACGGUGGGAGCCGGUGGGAGACGGUGGGAGCCGGUGGGAGACAGAGGGAGCCGGUGGGAGACGGUGGGAGACGGUGGGAGACAGAGGGAGCCGGUGGGAGACGGUGGGAGACAGAGGGAGCCGGUGGGAGACAGAGGGAGACGGUGGGAGACAGAGGGAGCCCGUGGGAGACGGUGGGAGACAGAGGGAGCCGGUGGGAGACAGAGGGAGACGGUGGGAGACAGAGGGAGCCGGUGGGAGACAGAGGGAGACGGUGGGAGACAGAGGGAGCCGGUGGGAGACAGAGGGAGACGGUGGGAGACAGAGGGAGCCGGUGGGAGACGGUGGGAGACAGAGGGAGCCGGUGGGAGACGGUGGGAGCCGGUGGGAGACGGUGGGAGCCGGUGGGAGACGGUGGGAGCCGGUGGGAGACAGAGGGAGCCGGUGGGAGACGGUGGGAGACAGAGGGAGCCGGUGGGAGACGGUGGGAGACAGAGGGAGCCGGUGGGAGACAGAGGGAGACGGUGGGAGACAGAGGGAGCCCGUGGGAGACGGUGGGAGACAGAGGGAGCCGGUGGGAGACAGAGGGAGACGGUGGGAGACAGAGGGAGCCGGUGGGAGACAGAGGGAGACGGUGGGAGACAGAGGGAGCCCGUGGGAGACGGUGGGAGACAGAGGGAGCCGGUGGGAGACGGUGGGAGACAGAGGGAGCCGGUGGGAGCCGGUGGGAGACAGAGGGAGCCGGUGGGAGACGGUGGGAGACAGAGGGAGCCGGUGGGAGACGGUGGGAGACAGAGGGAGCCGGUGGGAGACAGAGGGAGACGGUGGGAGACAGAGGGAGCCCGUGGGAGACGGUGGGAGACAGAGGGAGCCGGUGGGAGACGGUGGGAGACAGAGGGAGCCCGUGGGAGACGGUGGGAGACGGUGGGAGCCGGUGGGAGCCGGUGGGAGACAGAGGGAGCCGAGUUUGAUCGAGAGUUUGAUCGAGAGUUUAAUCGAGAGUUUGAUCGAGAGUUUGAUCGAGAGUUUGAUCGAGAGUUUGAUCGAGAGUUUAAUCGAGAGUUUGAUCGAGAGUUUGAUCGAGAGUUUGAUCGAGAGUUUAAUCGAGAGUUUGAUCGAGAGUUUGAUCGAGAGUUUGAUCGAGAGUUUGAUCGAGAGUUGGAACGAGAGUUGGAACGAGAGUUGGAAUGAGAGUUGGAACGAGAACGAGAGUUGGAACGAGAACGAGAGUUGGAACGAGAACGAGAGUUUGAACGAGAGUUGGAACGAGAGUUGGAACGGUCUCCCACACCCACCAUGGAUACAGGAAGUGUUGCCACGGGGACCGUUUGUUCCCGCCUCGGCAGGGUCUGUGACAUUUAAGCAUCAGUCUAAGGUUAAUGCAUGGCCCUCCCCGAUGGAUUGA